GGCCCCGCGGAGGCUUUUCCUGCCCGCGGCCCCGGAGCGGAGCGGGGCGGGCGGACCCGCCGGGCCGCGCUGCAGCGGGAGAUGACGACGCUCACGCACCGGGGCCGGCGGGUGGAGGGCAGAAACUCGGACAAGAAGCCGGACGGUGAGGAGGAUGCGGCUGCAGACAGAGACCUGAACGAGGACGAUCCUGAUGACUCCAAAGACAUCCGCCUCACGCUCAUGGAGGAGGUGCUGCUCCUGGGGCUGAAGGACAAGGAGGGCUACACCUCCUUCUGGAACGACUGCAUCUCCUCGGGGCUGCGGGGCGGGAUCCUCAUCGAGCUGGCUCUGCGCGGCCGCAUCCGCCUGGAGCCGCUGUCCCUGCGCAAGAAGAGGCUGCUGGAGAGGAAGGUGCUGUUGAAGUCGGAUGCUCCGACCGGGGAUGUGCUGCUGGAUGAGACCCUGCGGCACAUCAAGGCCACGGAGUCGGCGGAGACGGUUCAGACCUGGAUAGAGCUGCUCACUGGAGAGACCUGGAACCCCUUCAAGCUGCAGUACCAGCUGCGCAACGUGCGGGAGCGCCUGGCCAAGGCGCUGGUUGAGAAGGGCAUCCUGACCACGGAGAAGCAGAACUUCCUGCUCUUCGACAUGACCACGCACCCCGUCAGCAACGCCUCCGAGAAGCAGCGCCUGGUGAAGAAGCUCCAGGAGAGCGUCCUGGAGCGCUGGGUCAACGACCCCCAGCGCAUGGAGCGCAGGACUCUGGCCCUGCUGGUGCUGGCCCACGCCUCGGACGUGCUGGAGAACGUUUUCGCCAGCCUGGCCGAUGACAAGUACGACGUGGCCAUGAACAGGACCAAGGACCUGCUGGAUAUGGACCCUGAGGUGGAAGCUGCCAAAGCCAGGGGCACGGAGAUGAUCUGGGCUGUCCUGGCAGCCUUCAAUAAGUCCUAAAACCUCCCUUCGCUCUGGGUGGGGGAGACCCUUGAUGUGACCCAGGGGUUUCCCCAGAGGAUGGGCAGUUGCUGGGCUGGUGGGUGGGCUCAGCCUGGGGAGGGAUCAGGGGAUUUUGCUUUCCCCUCCCCAGGCAGAGGUGGGAGGUGAGAGCCUGGCACUCCCACUGCCCCGUGCUCUCCAGGGAGAGGUGGCAGUAGCUCUUCACUCCUUGCCCUCGGGGAUUUCCUUCUGAGGCCAGUGCAGAGCUGGGGGUGGCAGAGCCCCGGCCCCGGAGCUGCUCUGAGAGGCCAAACCCCGGCACAGACAGGGCAGGGACACACUCCUGGCUGCCUCUCCCACAGCCGGGUCCUGCCUUGGAGCUGUGUGGGCAGUGCGGGUUCCCCUGAGGGACUCACACCCUCCUGGGGUGGGGUUUGGGGGUGUUGGGCAGCCGGGACCACCCCCCUCCCUGGCUGGCACGGGGCACCCAGACCUCUCCCACGUGUCUCCAUGGAGGAGCAGCUCUGCAAAGACUCCCAUGUGUGCCCCCAUGGCUCAGCUGCUCUUUCUAGUAAGAAGAAAAGUUAAACUGUGAUUAUUUUUGUUCACGACCCCCUUCCUUCCUCCUCCACUUUAUUCUCCUGUAGUUCACUUAAACGUAUUUCUCUGCA